AAGAAUGGGAAAUCAGUGGAAUAGGAGUAUGGGAGGUUACAGAGGAGGUGGUCACUGGGGAAUAGGUAGGAAGAGAACAGAAGAUGGUGGUUUAAUCUCUUGCAACAUGGUUUUUGUUAAGUUUGACCUUGACUCUAGGUAAAGAUAGAGAUUGGGAAAAAAGAUGUCUGGAGGUGGAAAUGUUGGUUGUGGAAAUGCCGGUGGCGGAAAUAACACAGUUGCGGUCCAAGAAGUGAAGCCACAUCCAGUUAUGGAGACUCUCUCUGGCAUUCAAUACUGCAUCAACACCAAUCCUCCUUUAUUUGAAUCCAUUAUACUUGGGUUUCAACAUUCUUUCUUGACACUUGGGAUUAUUACUGUAAUCUCAUCUUUGACAGUCCCUCAAAUGGGUGGCUCCAAUCAUGACAAGGCAAAGGUGAUCCAAAGCAUGAUGUUUGUAUCAGGAACCAGCACAUUGCUGCAAACAUUAGUAGGUACUCGUCUUCCUGUUGCUAUUGGCGCUUCUCAUGCCUUCGUCAUCCCAAUGACAACAAUAGUACUCACUACGAGACUGUCGUGUAUAAAUCAACCUCAAUUCCUUGACCAGACAUUUGAGAAAACAAUGGCAGAAAUGCAAGGCGCUUUGCUCGUUUCAUCUGUUGUCCAAAUUAUCCUUGGUUUCUCUGGAAUAUGGAGAAUCUUUGUAAGGUAUCUAAGCCCCCUGUCCAUGGUUCCACUCAUAACAUUUACUGGCCUCGGACUUUAUUCUCUCGGCUUUCCCAUGCUGGCAGAUUGUGUAGAAAUUGGGCUUCCCCAUUUAAUUUUAUUGCUUAUAUUUUCUCAGUAUAUGUCAGGUUUUUUGAAGACAAGUAGGCUUAUAUUUGACCGAUAUGCAAUCAUAUUUACCACGGCAAUCAUUUGGAUUUAUGCCUUAAUCCUCACUGCAAGUGGUGUGCAUAACCACAGACCACCAGCCACACAGCUAAGUUGCCGGACAGAUCGUGCAGGAUUAAUGCUUGAAGCUGAUUGGGUAUAUUUACCAAGACCAUUUCAGUGGGGAAAACCAACUGUUAACAUGAGAGAAGCUACACCAAUAGUAUUUGCUGGACUAGUGGCACUAAUUGAGAGUACUGGUACAUUUAUAGCAGCUGCAAGAUAUGGAAGUGCUACGCCUGUGCCUCCGUCAGUAAUCAGCCGGGGGACUUUCUGGCUGGGAAUCGGGACAUUGCUGAAUGCUGUAUUUGGUGCUGUCGCAGGCCCUACUGCUUCAGUAGAAAGUGCUGGCCUGCUUGGAUUGACUAGAAUUGGAAGUAGAAGAGUUAUCCAGAUUUCUGCUGGUUUUAUGCUUUUUUUCUCAAUAUUUGGGAAAUUCACAGCUUUUUUCGCUUCUGUGCCAUUUUCCAUCAUGGCAGCUACCUAUUGCAUUCUCUAUGCCUAUGUCUCCUCUGCAGGUCUGAAUCACCUUCAGUUUUGUAACUUGAAUAGUUUCAGAACAUUAUUUAUAUUAGGCUUCUCUUCAUUCAUGGCGAUUUCCGUGCCACAACAAUUCAGAGAUUAUCUACUCACAUCAAAUUCAGGCCAACUUCCCACCCGCUCAAAAUGGUUCUUUGACACGUUGGCGACCAUCUUCGUAUCAUCUCCAGCAGUGGCGAUAAUGGUAGCUAUUCUGCUAGAUAACACUAUAAGCGAGGAAGAGGCUUUGAGGAAUGAUAGCGGGAAACGCUGGUGGGAGAGGUUUAUACAGUUUACUAAAGACAUUAGAAAUGCUGAAUUCUACUCUCUGCCUUGCGAACUUGGCAAUUGUUUCCCUUCCUUGUAGUCUAAAAGCUCAAGUUUUGAUCCAUCGUUUUAACUUUCCAUAGAAAAUGGAGCAUGCCUAAUUUUCUUUUACUAACGAUUUGUUUGGUACAAAGGAAUUGGAAAGCAAAGAAGAGAAAGGAAAAGAAAAAUAUAGUUUCCUGUUUUUGGUUCCGUAAAA